GUCUUAUUGUCUACUUGGGGAUGAUGGUGGGGGCCUUCGUGUGGGGCGGCCUGGCCGACCGGAUCGGACGGCGACAGACCCUCCUCAUCUCUCUCUCCAUCAACAGCGUCUUUGCCUUCUUCUCCUCCUUCGUUCAAGGAUACAGCUCCUUCCUUUUAUGCCGUCUGCUCUCCGGCGUGGGGUAAGGAAGGACGCUCUGUCACACACCCUUCUCCUCUAAAAACAACUCGGCUAUAAAUACUAGUGCCGACUGUAAAUGCUUCCAAAAUUAAUGUGCCCUGCAAUGACUCCCAAAUCUGUAAGUCUGUAAGUGAUCCCAGCUUGGUUAAAUCAACUGGAUGAAAUGUGUAUGAAGCCUAUCUAUUAUUGAUGUGGAUAAUGUUAUUGUGCUGGCACAGAUUAUUGAAAUGGUUUAAUGGUCUAAAGAGACUCUGACUCUUUAUUUCUCUCUCUCUCUCUCUCUCUCUCUCUCUCUCUCUCUCUCUCUCUCUCUCUCUCUCUCUCUCUCUCUCUCUCUCUCUCUCUCUCUCUCUUCUCUCUCUCUCUCAUAUUUCUCUUUCGUUCAUCAACUUUCCCCAUUCUCUCCCUCACCCCUCUUCUUUUUCCACAUUUGUGCUCUGUCAUCCCUGUCACUCUCUCACUCUUUCUCAAUGUCUCUUCCCCUCUCACUCCCCUCUAAUGUCUUCCUGGCCCCUCUCUCCCCACCCCUCUCUCUUUAUCGCUCCCUCUCCUCUCUCUAUCGCUCUAUCCCUCUCUCUCUCUCUCUCUCUCUCUCUCUCUCUCGCUCUCUCUCUCUGCAGCAUCGGUGGCUCCAUCCCCAUCGUGUUCUCCUACUACUCUGAGUUCCUGGCCCAGGAGAAGAGAGGAGAGCACCUCAGCUGGCUCUGCAUGUUCUGGAUGAUCGGUGGCAUUUAUGCCUCUGCCAUGGCCUGGGCCAUCAUCCCCGCACUAUGGUGAGAAAUGUCAAUUAACCAAUCAACCAACCAGUCAAUCAGUCAAUCAAUCAACAUAUCAGUGAGUCGGUUGGGGGGUUGUUGGUCGAUCAAAAAGUCAGUUCAUUUCUACCACACCAGAGUGAAAUUUGGUUUCCAAGCAAGGAUUACACAUACUGUACAUUUAAAGACAAUUGAAUACACACGAUUUAUACACACAGAAACAAUCAUCAUAUUCUUUGUUAUGCUCCUAUCAAACAUGGAUGCAUAUGCUUAUCGUCCUGUAUACUGCUCUUGGUAUGACCCUUGCACCAUAGUUCUUCAACCUCUUUAUGUCCCUGUUCCAGGCUGGAGUUUCCAGAUGGGCUCUGCGUACCAGUUCCACAGCUGGCGUGUAUUUGUGUUGGUGUGUGCCUUCCCCUCUGUGGCAGCCAUCUCUGCUCUCACCACAAUGCCCGAGAGCCCACGCUUCUUCCUGGAGGUCAGUCCACCAACCACCAAUGAAAAUAUAACAAAAAUAGUAGUUGAAAUGGAUUCAUUCAUCCAAAUAAUUAAACUAUAAAAAGUACAGUGAUUCCCCUGAGAUAAAGUAAUUUAGCUACCCAAGGCAUUGUUUAUCAUCUUGGGUUUAACUUGGGACUUACUGCUGUGUUUGAAUAUCAUGACACUUACAGUAGCUACCUUCAUUAAACACCUGCUGGGAUCCUGAUUAUCCUGAUAAAUGUACCAUAAUGAGUUCCUAUUUAUUUAGCUAUUCAUUAGACAAAUGUGUCUGUCUUGUCUGUUGUAGAAUGGAAAACACGAUGAGGCUUGGAUGAUUCUGAAGCAGGUCCAUGACACCAACAUGAGGGCGAAGGGCUACCCAGAGAGGGUCUUCUCUGUGAGUGACACACACACAGUACAUCCAUCCUAAACCACUAUCCAACCACUAUCAGACACAUCUAGUCUGCAAUCAGUGAAGCAGUCUUUUAUUCUGAGAAAAUACAUGAGGGGACAUUUUUAUAUUCAUGAAUUAUCUUGCAAUUACUGCCUCUGUGCAACCACAGCCUCUCUCAUGCAUUUACAGUUAGGAGGAUCCUUGUUAAAUUCGCAUUAAUUAUCUUGAAUUUAUUAGUCAUUUGAAGAUGAAUUAAGCUUUGAAUUAAGCUUUGAUAAACUUGUUUAGGGAGUAAUUAUGUUAAGGAAGUUGGUGUGACUGAGUUGUGUUUUUGCCCCCAGGUGACCACCAUCAAGACAGUUAAGCAGAUGGAUGAGCUGGUGGACAUGGGAGAGGGCACCGCCUGGCACCAGAGAUGGAGGAUGAAGCUUGCUGACCUGUUCAAUCAGGUAACAUACUCUACCUUAACCUUUUCAACCAGGUAACAUACCAUCAUACUGGUAAUGAACAGCUAAACCAGAGACGAUUUUAAUAUUUCACUUGCUUGCCUAAGGAUCUUUGGUCAACUGGGGCUAAAUUGAAUGCGAGGAUUAUCCAUCUUCUUCUUCUUCUUCUUCUUCUUCUUCUUCUUCUUCUUCUUCUUCUUCUUCUUCUUCUUCUUCUUCUUCUUCUUUUUCUUCUUCUAAGUUUUGAAUGCUAAUCAUUGGUCUAACAAAAAGGUGUUAUAUUCUAGCUCAAACGAAAUUGUAACUGUAUACCCAAAAAAUAUAUUUUAUUGUCACAUACACCAGAUAGGUGCAGUGAAAUGUGUUGUUUUACAGGGUCAGCCAUAGUAGUACAGCUCCCCUGGAACAAAUUAUGGUUAAGUACAGUACCUUGCUCAAGGGCAGAUCGACAGAUUUUUCACCUUGUUGGCUCAGGUAUUCAAACCAGCAACCUUCCGCCUAUGGUCUCUCAUACUUCACUGAAUUACAAUCACCAAUGCUAUUACUGUCAAAGAGAACAGAGUAGUUUCAUGUUUAUAUGCUGUUAACGACAGAAUGAGAGACUGGAACGAUUGUUUGUAUAUGAGCCCACGUUGUUUAUAAAGUGCCUGUGUGCAGAGAUUACCUAGCUAUGUUUACUACAUUUUACAUUUUAGUCAUUUAGCAGACGCUCUUAUCCAGAGCGACUUACAGUUAGUGAAUACAUUUUUUUUUUUAUACUGGCCCCCCGUGGGAAUCGAACCCACAACCCUGGCGUUGCAAACGCCAUGCUCUAUCAACUGAGCUACAUCCCUGCCGGCCAUUCCCUCCCCUACCCUGGACAACGCUGGGCCAAUUGUGCACCGCCCAUGAGUCUCCCGGUCGCGGCCGGCGGCGACAGAGCCUGGAUUCGAACCAGGAUCUCUAGUGGCACAGUUAGCACUGCGAUGCAGUGCCUUAGACCACUGCGCCACUCAGGAGUACUAGCUGUGUUUACUGUUGGCUUGUGUGGAACAUUGAACUUUAUGUUUAUUUAAUGCUGUUGUGGAUUGUAGAGAGACUUCCUUUGAGAUAUAUUGUUUGUGUGUGUGUGUGUGUGCGUUUGCGUGUGCGUGUGCGUGUGUGUGUCGGUUUGUGUGUGUGUGUGUCUGUGAACCUCCCUGCAGGUGUGGAGCAACUUCCUGGCCAUCUUCUCUCCUGAGUACCGCCGCACCACUCUCAUGAUGAUGGCUGUGUGGUUCUCUAUGUCCUUCAGGUAAAGUCAAGCUCCCAAAACUGUUUUCAGAUAAUAUUCAGCCAAAGUCAGAUCCACAUAGAAUGAACUACUGGUAUAAUGAACUAACUUGAUUUCUUGUUAGAUGUUUUGAUUAUUUGUGUAUUUGGAUUGUAUUUGCAAGGCAUUCUACUGCACUGUUGGAGCUAGUAACAUAAGCUUUUUCGCUGCAUCUGCUAUAACACCUGCAAAUCUGUGUACGUGACCAAUAAACUUUUAUUUGAUUUUGUCUGACUCAAGUAAAAAUGUAGUUUUACAUUACUGAUAUUGAUGAUAUGGUUAGUGUCCUAUACCUUCUAAGUGGUUUGUAUUAUUAGUAUAUCAUCAUGAUCCUUCCAUCUGUCUUAACAUCCAUCUCCUUCUCUCCCUCAGUUACUAUGGGCUGACGGUGUGGUUCCCUGACAUGAUCAAGUAUCUCCAGAAGCAGGAGUACUCCUCGCGCACCAAGGUCUUCAUCAAGGAGAAGGUAGAGCAUGUCACCUUCAACUUCACCCUGGAGAAUCAGGUGCACCGCAAUGGAGAGUACUUCAACAACAAGUAGGUCCCCCUUCCCUCUUCCCUCAUCAGCAUUGUCAUGGGAACACAGCAGAGUACCGAGCCAUUCAUAAAGUAAAUAGGUCAAGGGUCAAUCUGCCAUUCUGAUGUUAAAACAAACUCUCUCUCUCUCGCUCUCUCUCUCUCUCUCUCUCUCUCUCUCUCUCUCUCUCUCUCUCUCUCUCUCUCUCUCUCUCUCUCUCUCAAUUCAAUUCAAUUUCAAUUUCAAGGACUUUAUUGGCAUGGGACACAUGUUAACAUUGCCAAAGCAAGUGAAGUAGAUAAUAAACAAAAGUGAAAUAAACAAUACAAAUUAACAGUAAACAUUACACUUACCAAAGUUCCAAAAUAAUAAAGACAUUUCAAAUGUCAUAUUAUGUACAAAAGGGAAAAUAAAUUAACAUAAAUAUGGGUUGUAUUUACAAUGGUGUUUGUUCUUCACUGGUUGCCCUUUUCUUGUGGCAACAGGUCACAAAUCUUGCUGCUGUGAUGGUACACUGUGGUAUUUCACCCAAUAGAUAUGGGAGUUUAUCAAAAUUGGAUUUGUUUUUGAAUUCUUUGUGGAUCUGUGUAAUAUGAGGGAAAUAUGUGUCUCUAAUAUGGUCAUACAUUUGGCAGGAGGUUAGGAAGUGCAGCUCAGUUUCCACCUCAUUUUGUGGGCACUGUGCACAUAGCCAGUCUUCUCUUGAGAGCCAGGUCUGCCUACGGCUGCCUUUCUCAAUAGCAAGGCUAGUCAAAGCUUUCCUUAAGUUUGGUUCAGUCACAGUGGUCAGGUAUUCUGCCACUGUGUACUCAUUGUUUAGGGCCAAAUAGCAUUCUAGUUUGCGCAUUUUCUUUGUUAAUUCUUUCCAAUGUGUCAAGGAAUUAUCUUAUUUUUAAUUUUUUAUGAUUUGGUUGGGUCUAAUUAUGUUGCUGUCCUGGGGCUCUGUGGGGUCUGUUUGUGUUUGUGAACAGAGCCCCAGGACCAGCUUGCUUAGGGGACUCUUCUCCACGUUCAUCUAUCUGUAGGUGAUGGCUUUGUUAUGGAAGGUUUGGGAAUCGCUUCUCUCUCUCUCUCUCUCUCUCUCUCUCUCUCUCUCUCUCUCUCUCUCUCUCUCUCUCUCUCUCUCUCUCUCUCUCUCUCUCUCUCUGUCUCUCUGUCUCUCUAUCAGGUUUAUGAAUCUGAAGAUGAAGUCCAUGGUGUUUGAGGAUUCUCUGUUUGAGGAGUGCUACUUUGAAGACAUCACCUCCAGCAACACCUUCUUCAAGAACUGCACCUUUAUCGCCACCCUCUUCUACAAUACAGGUUGGUUGUUUACAACUCUGCUGAUUAGAGUGUUGUAUCAGUGUUUGUUGGAAUUAGACAUUGUGAAUGUCUUGUUUUGCUGAUAAGGGUUUUUCCUUCAUUAAUUAAUCUAAGUACUUUAAUCUCAAUCGUGUUAGUGGCUUCUGUGUUUGAUUGACAGAUAAAAUACAAUUGUAUAUUAUAUUGUUGUCUAAGGAGCUAAAAAUGUAUUAUAUUGUUCGUAUAGGUCGUAUGCAUUUCUUACUAAGGUGUUAAACCUCUCUUAUAGAAACAGAGCCAGAAACAGUGCAGGGAAUCAGCUCCAAUUAUAUGCUUCGCACAAGACAAAAAUGGCUAAAUUACCGUCACUCUACUCCCUGGCCCUGUAACAUAAUGUAGCAAUGCAGACAGAGAGAGGUAUCCUAGCAACACAGCCCCAAUCCUGUUUUACUUCAGCUUGAAAAUUAUAGAACUGUCAGUCACCUCAAACUGAAUGAUAGAUUUGUCCAAAACAAAAAGCAGCCUGCACAAGAAGAUGAUGCAUCUGUAUGGCUGAUGACAAAAGAUGGGUAAUAUUGAUGAGCUUGAAGUCCUCUCGAUCCAUCGGCAGAAUCCAAUUUUAUCUCUGACAUUACACACUCAACGAUAGAAACCGAGCUAGUAGCAGUUAGAGCAGGCGCGAAAGACAAGGUAGAGGGUUCGAGACACCCAUACAGAAAGAGAGUAUGGCAGAGCGAGACUGAAGUCUUCUGCUAAAGCGUUGCUAGGCAGAUUAUAUUAUAUUUUUUAUCAGCAAAACCAAGUCUUAUAUCUCUCUUCUCUAGUCUCUCUCUCGCUCUCUCUCUCUCUCUCUCUCUCUCUCUCUUCUCUCGCUCUCUCUCUCUCUCUCUCUCUCUCUCUCGCUCAAGACGUUAUCAGAGCAGUACAAUAGGGACUAUCUAAACGCAUCCCUCUCGUUCUGUUAGGUGUUUGUCCGUCAUUAGGCUAGUCAAGCAAUCACUCUGCUGCUAUCAAUGCCAUGCAGGAGCUACUCAUUUGAAUUUGAAUUAGAAACUAAUUUCACUGUUAUUGCUUUAUUGCUUAAUCCCUCUGUGCUUUCCCACUAAGAGAUAGAAGCUGCUAGAUUGUUACUAAUUUCACUGUUAUUGCUUUAUUGCUUAAUCCCUCUGUGCUUUCCCACUAAGAGAUAGAAGCUGCUAGAUUGUUGCCAUAGUGCAGAAUGUUAAACCACUAUGGGACCAACCACAUGAUGGAUUUAUACUGAGAAGUACAGCAGAGCAAAACCUAGAGGUUGGAGGUCAGAGGUUAGGCUUGGACAGUAUGGACAGUAGAAUAAAGAAUUCAGUAUUAUGAAUGUAUUUUAUUUUCUAACUCAUUGAAUAGGCCCUAGAUAUGUGAACCUUACGCCCCAGUUCAUAUUCUCUAAUUAAUCCGUUAGAAUGACUGUGGUUUAUGGUACUGUGUUCAUAUGAGAUAGCUGACAUUAAAGAUCCGAGCAAUACAGAAUGCAUUAAAGUCUAUCCCUACAUCGAAUCGAAGUCUGGUCAAUAACCCCCCCCCCCCUUCUCCUCUCUCUCCCCUCCUUCUCUCCCCUGUAGAUCUGUUCAAGUACAGGCUGAUCAAUAGCAAACUGGUCAACAGCACCUUCCUGCACAACAAGGAGGGCUGCAUGCUUAGCGACUUCAGCGACGAGAACAGUGCCUACAUGAUUUACUUUGUCAGCUUCCUGGGCACCCUGGCUGUGUUGCCUGGCAACAUCGUGUCGGCACUGCUCAUGGACAAGAUCGGACGACUGAGGAUGCUGGGUAAUAGAGCGAGGAGAAGCGACAGUGUCGUCACGGCUACAAUGGUGUCGUCUGAUUUUGCACCGUACAGUUGGUGCAUGUCUUCGACACAGAGAUCAGCAACCUUAAGAAAACAAAAUAUAGUCUGCUUAGUCUAUGGUAGAUUGGGCAGAAUUUUCUGUCUCACUACGGCCAAAAAGGAUUCAAUGCAUUCAGCAAGAAUAGCAGGCAUAUUAGAUGACAUAUUCAUAGGUUCACUCAUUUUCCAUUUCUUCUUCUCUCUCUCUCCCUCCUUUCCCCCUCCCUCUCUCUCCCCCUCCUUACCCCCUAUCCCUAUCUUCCUCCCUUUCCCUCCCUUUCCCUCCCUCCUCAUCUCUUUCCCUCCUCUCCUGUCUCUCUCCAGCGGGCUCCAGUGUGAUCUCUUGUGUCAGCUGUUUCUUCCUGUCGUUCGGCAACAGCGAGUCGGCCAUGAUCGCUCUGCUCUGUCUGUUCGGGGGCAUCAGCAUCGCCUCCUGGAACGCCCUGGACGUGCUGACGGUGGAGCUCUACCCCUCUGACAAGAGGUAGGAAACCCAAACCAGAGAGCCACACCAAAAUCUUGGCACUGUGGAAGGUUGUAGCUUCCAGGGUGUACUGGCAAAAGUGGUGCCUUGAUAUGAUUGGCUACACUAGAUGGAGGAAAAUGGAGAAAAUAGUACUGUGUGGUUGUGGUGUGUGAGACUGGGUGGGAAUCCUUACUGCCACCCCAUGGCUGAGUGAACACUGCACUGCCUCAACCAACCUAUACUGAAGAAAAAAACAUCUGUUUAUCCCAGUAAACUGGGGUGACAGAAACAUUUCUGGCCCUUUCAAACUCUGAGAUCUCAUCCUAGCAGACUGGCUGUUCAUUAUUAUAUCUGACCAUGAUUUAAUAUUAUUUUCCAAUUUCAGAAAGAGUAGUAGCGCUCCCCCAUGUGGCUGAACAGUCCUCCUGCAGGUGUUUCAUUAUGAGUUCAAUCUGAGACUGUUUGAAUAGAGGUUAUUAUGGAACUAACUGAUCUUCCUCUCUCCUCCCAGAUGCACAGCGUUUGGCUUUCUAAAUGCCCUCUGUAAGCUGGCAGCCGUGUUGGGCAUCAGCAUCUUCACCUCUUUCGUGGGCAUUACCAAGGCUGUGCCCAUCCUGUUCGCCUCCGGGGCGCUUGCAGCGGGCAGCUUCCUGGCAUUCAAGCUGCCGGAGACGCGGGGCCAGGUGCUGCAAUAGUGUGGCCACACCCCUAGGGGGCGACGUGGGGGAUCAGAAGAGUAAGCCACACUGUGAACAACAAGCAGCCCAAGAAACCCCUAAACUCUGCCCUGUACGCCCCAUUGAAGUCAUAGCCUAUUCACAGGAUUUUGUUCAGUGCAGAUUCUGCACAGAUCUACUAAGCUGUAAAUAUUGUGGAUUGCCUGAUAUUGGAUGUACUGUUUAGAUAGACACAUCUCUAUACUACUAAGAUCUGUGGAACUGUGCUGCCGCUGCUUGACAUUGAUCCCCAUGAAUAGGCUGUGAGUUGGUAGAGAAAGGGAAGUGCAACCAAACUCUGCCCCUAGACCAACAGAAGCUGUUCCAACUUUAAUGGUUGUUCAGUGUAAACUUAAUCACUGAGUGUAUGUGUUUAGGAGGGUUGAGGAGCUAGUUUAGAUGCAUGUCCCUAAAAUGAAGACAGAUUUCUGGGGUUAUGGGUAGGGACAUGGGGUCUAGUUUAUGAGCCAUGCCAAUAGCCCGUAAUAGAAAUUACCACUAGCCAUCCAAUCCGUAUUCACACCAAUUUCUCUGAUAAGCUCAGCUCACUUCCCAUCUACAUGAGUCUACAUUGCCAUGGUAGAACGUCAGUAAAAAAUUAUGUUACACCUUGAUUUGAACCAUUUUUGACUUAAUGGGUAAACCAAACAUUUUGUUAAACCAAGGCCUCUCCUCAUUAUCAUACCUUCCAAGGUCUUGUGUUUAUUUUAUGUACAAAAUAACUGCCAUUUUAUAGAUGUUAGAACAUUCCAGGUUUACUUUCAUUAUGGUUUGAAUGAGACUGUUGACAAAAGUGAUCUGUUGAGCUUUUUCCCUUUAAAACAUUCUUUCUAGCCAUUCUAUCGCAAUCAAUCAUGAAAGGUCACUCAAAUCAAUCCAUCAAUCUCCCUUACUUUGUGUAGCCCAUAUUGUUCGCCAUGUAAUUUUUAGAACAACACUUUGUUCAAACAUUCCACAUUUAAAGCACAAACGUUUGCUGAUGCAAAUAUUACUAUUGCCACAACUUGUUACAAUAGUUAUUACUAUUGUCACGUUUUCAACAAACGUUUAAAAGCCCACAGUUCAAUCGUCAUUCUUGCUUCAUAUAUCCUGUAGUAACAAAUGCCUUCUUUGUACCAUCUGUCAUAGGCAUUGUGUUUUGCUCUUACAAAAUGUGGUUUUGGAAAGUGGUAUGCAUGUAACAAGGUAUGUAAGUGAAUUCAUCAAAAACUUGCUAGAAAGAUAGAAAACAAUAUGAAAAUGGCAUUGAAGUGUGUCAUGUUACUGUACAUCAAUAAGUUAGAUGUUAUAUCCAUGUCAUUUUACAAGAGAAAUCAUACUGCCUUUGCUAUAAUUCUGCUGUUCUAAUAUUGGCCUUGGAUUUCUGGAACAUUCUCGCAUCCCUUAAGCACAUCAAACCAUUUGAAUGUGCACAACUAAAACAUAUGUUUUCUUUCUUUGUGAUAUUGUGAUACAGGAACUAGAUAUUCAAAGUGGAGCGAAAAUAUUAAAAACAAUGAAGUUGGAAAUAAUACACAAAGGUAUGGAAAGAAUACACUAAACUUCAGUGAAACAUUGCAACAAUAUUAUAUAUUUUUUGUAGAUUCCAUUUGAUAUUUGUUUUGAGUUUUAAAGAUAUAAAGAUAUAUUUACUUUUGAGGGCAAUAUAUGUUUUUCAAAAGAGAGUAUAGUGGUAAGCACAUAUAUGCACUGUCAUUAAAUACUAACAUGUACAUCAUUGCCCAUAUAUUAUUCUGAGUAGAAUUUUGGUAUGGGUGUGAGAAUGUGCUUUUUUGCCUGUGCAAUAUUGAACUUUGACCUGCAAUUAUUUUUGUUUUUUUGUGGAUUCUUGAUAGCUUGUUCAUUUGUUGUUUUAUUCGAUACUUGGAGUAUGAUUAACUGAUGUGGCGAUACAUGUAAAAGCUGCUUUAUUGAUCGAAUGAUCAAAAUGAGAAUUAAACCUCAAUGAGAAAAGGGAACAUUAUUGGAUGUUAUUGGAUGCUUAUGAGAAACAUUUCACCAAGCAUUGAAAUAUAAGUAGUAUAACCUUCCUUUAAUUUUCCACCCUUGAAGCUUAGAACAUCAUGAUAUAUGGGUACAUCUAACAUGUUACACACCUCUGCCGAGGUUUUUAUCAUACAUGAUAGACUAGGACUAAACACACUGCUAAGGGCAGUGUCCUCAUGGGAUAUCUGAUCCAUAGAUUUCCUGUACAUUGGUUUGGUACCAAACAAUGUUUCACAUUCCCAUUAUAGCAAGCACAUUGAUCAAGUGUGGUAUGUUCACAAUUGCAUGUUACAAAGAAACAAACAGAGAAAAGCAUCAAAGCACUGAUUCAGAAAGAAAGGAAAUUAUCAUAAACUGCCAUUUUGUAGGAUAGCAGCCAUAUGUAGACUUAACAGUAUUCUAGAUAGAGACCAAUCCAUUGCACUAAAUGUACCUAGCAGUACAUGCACAGUUGUUAAUGCCUUGCGUUCUUCAAAAGACCAAAACCUUUGAGACAUAAAAUAAAUCAGUAGCUAGCACAUGAAGGGUAACAGAAGGUAAAGCAGUUGACUUAAGCACAACAACUGCUUACAUGCGACCAAUUUAAGACAGUAACCAAAUGAUUCAUUGGUACCAAAUGAGUCAUGGAUGCAGUUGUGAACAGUACACAAAAUAAUCAGUAUACAUUGAUUUACAGUAGUCACAGUUGCCAAUUUAUUGACAUAGCAACCUCUCACUUUACUUUAUGUUACAUGACCAUAAACUAGCAUAUUGUACGUUCAAUUUAGGACCCCUUAAUCUAUGUAGGAACUUCAAGCCGUUACCACGUUCCUCACAAUUGACAUGCAGUAGUCUACACACCCGAACCAUUCACUGAUGGUUUAGUGACCGCCGAUCUAUAAGUGUGCCAUGAGUAACUUAUUUCAUUGAUUAUUGCCAAAUAUUUUUGUAUGUCUUAAGUUUAUACUAUGUCAUAAAAAAAAUCUGGAAUAUAGAUUUAAAUAUGUAAAUUAAAAUAAAUAAAAUAUAACAUAGAUCAUUCAUAAAUAUUAUAGCUCUUUAUAACCUUUGACCCCUUGAAAAAAAUCCUGUAGUAGGGGGAGCAGUUUUCAUAAGCUGACCUGGGACAUGGACGGCCAGUCUGCCGGAAAGUACAUUUGUUCACAAUUCCUCUAAGCAGCACAGUAAUCUUAAAAGGUUACAUUUGUUAUUGAAGAAUCAGCCUCAGCAUUGCAGCUGAUCUGUAUUUCCAUAUCCUAUCUGUAUGUUGUCCUAAUUAUAUCACCCAUGAAAUGAUAAACAAGGAUGUCAAUAUUAAUGCUGUAUAGUACGACAUGGAACGCUGUGAAAUGCUUAACUAUCUAUUUACUCUCUCAGUGAACCAGUUCAGGAUAUUUUCAGUCAAGAUUGUUUUUAGUACCUGUAGUUGCAUAUUUUCAAUUCUGUUACAGGUUUGUUUUUGUAUUCUUAACUUGCUCGGUCAACGGUCAAUCAUGAGUGCAAAAACGUAAUUAUAGCAAUAAGUGUUAGAUUAUUUGUAUUUUAUCUCUCCCCAAAACACUAUUGGGAAAUGAAGCACAUUAUAUGCUGGGCCUUUUCCACUGAGAGGCUGUGUGUUGGCUUCUACUAAAUGGGACUGAAUGGCUUAUAUUCACUUCUAAAACUACCCCUAGGUCUUUGAGGCUUUUGUCAAUAAGAAUAUGUUGCGAUUAAUUACAUGUAACAGAGAAUUUAUCACUGUCAUUGUACUGUGCUGUAGAAUCUGUAGAUGUUUGUAUGUAAGUAUAGAUCAUAGAAUUAGGAAUUACAAUACUGUAUAC